AUGAGACAAAUAAGCGAAAAUGAACCUGAACCUCAGUGCACAUUUUACCUUCCUCAUCAUGCGGUACUUAAAGAGUCGAGCACAACAACAAAACUUCGUUGUGUUUUCGACGCAUCGGCAAAGACCAACUCUGGAUUUUCCCUUAAUGAUGCCCUGGUUGUUGGACCUGUUAUCCAGGACGAUCUCGUCUGCCUUUUGAUGAGAUUCCGCACACACAAGUUCGCUCUACUGGCCGAUAUCGAAAAAAUGUAUCGCCAGGUCAAUAUCCACGAAAACGAUCGGAACCUGCAGAGAAUACUUUGGCGGUUUGACUCGCGAGAACCAAUCUCAAAAUUCGAACUCACUACCAUCACCUACGGUUUGGCCCCAUCCUCAUUCCUUGCAACCCGAACCCUGCACCAGUUGGCUGCCGAUGAUGGUCACUCAUAUCCACGAGCUGCGGUGGCCCUGAAGGAAGAUAUGUACAUGGACGAUUUCAUCAGUGGUGGAGCAUCGAUAGCAGAAGCAGUGCAGCUACGCGAGGAGAUGGACGCUCUAACUUUAAAAGGGGGAUUCCCAUUACGUAAAUGGUGUUCGAAUGAACCGGCAGUUCUGGUGGGAGUUAAUUCCGACAAUUUGGCAUCACAAAUUCCACACACCUUUGAUCCUGAGGAGUCGAUUAAGACGUUAGGAAUGUCUUGGGUUCCUUCUACAGACCAGUUUCGUUACGAGUUUAAUCCGAAUAUCCAUAAUGGUUUCAUAACUAAGAGGAGCAUUCUUUCCACCAUUGCGCGCCUGUACGAUCCACUUGGCCUUAUUGCACCCAUUGUAGUACGAGCCAAGAUCCUGCUACAAAAUUUAUGGACAAUUUCUAUUGGUUGGGACGAUGAAGUACCAGAACAAAUUCAAUCAAGGUGGACUAAUUUUUUGAAAGAUUUGCCUAAUUUAGCUGAUUUCCGAAUUGAUCGUUAUGUUUUCCAAGAGGGAGAAAUUGAAUUGCAUUGCUUUGCGGAUGCAUCCGAAUCUGCAUUUGGUGCAUGCAUUUAUGCGAGAACUGUAAAUCCGAUGGGACAUGUGAAAGUUUUGCUUAUUGCAGCUAAGUCCAGAGUUGCCCCCUUGCAAAAACGUAGUUUGCCACAACUAGAGCUCUGCGCAGCACAAAUUGCUGUUCAGCUGCUGUCCAAAGUCCACUCAGCUUUAAAAAUCAAUAUCACCGAUUCCUAUUUUUGGUCCGACUCCACCGUGGUCUUAUAUUGGAUCCGAUCCCCUUCACAUAAAUGGAAAACAUUCGUUGCCAAUAGGGUGGCCGAUAUCCAAAAACAAUCCAACCCAUCGAACUGGAAUCAUGUUCCCGGGCACUGCAAUCCUGCCGACCUAGUGUCUCGGGGGACAUCUGUAAACCAACUACUGAACAGCAGCUUAUGGUGUAAUGGUCCUGACUGGCUACAGCGAGAGAAGGAGAGUUGGCCCCCACAGAUAAUCACCCAGCCAGACGUUCCGGAGAGUGAGUUGGAGUUCAAGAUUUCCGUAAUUGUUGCCCAACCAUCACCACCACCCAACCCAAUCAUUACCCGCUUCUCUAGAUAUGACCGAAUGUUGAGAUCCAUAGCCUAUUGCUUGCGUUUUGCCAGAAACACUUGGGAGAAAAUGUUAUCACCAUCGUAUCACUUAUCAGUUGAGGAGAUUGAGCUUUCGAAAUCGGUUCUGAUAAAGAUUGUUCAAAGAGAAAGUUACGAAGAAGAAAUAAAAGCACUCAAGAGAAAGAAUUCCGUGGGAAAGCGCUCAAAACUUAAACUUCUGAACCCGUUUCUCGACUCUGAUGGAAUUAUUCGUGUUGGUGGCCGGCUGCAACUCCUGAGUGGUCCCUACUCCGCCAAACACCCAAUAGUCUUGCCUGGAUUCCACCACUUUACGAGAUUGCUCCUGAUAAAUUAUCACGAGAGGUUGUUGCAUGGAGGAAAUUCCCUCACCCUUGCCACCGUCCGCGACGAAUUUUGGCCCGUAAAUGGGAAAAGAGCCGUGAGAAGCAUCAUUCGCUCUUGUUAUCGCUGUACUCGAACCAAUCCACACCCCAUGAGCCAACCCACUGGGCAAUUGCCCCUAGCCCGAAUUACUCCAAGUCGCCCAUUUCUGCACACCGGCAUAGAUUAUUGUGGGCCUGUUUUUGUAAAGUAUCCCAAUCGCAGAGCCAGCUCAAUCAAAGCCUACAUAGCCAUAUUCGUGUGUUUUUCGACCAAAGCAGUUCACAUCGAACUGGUCGGUGACCUUACCACUGCUUCUUUCCUUUCCGCACUUCGCCGCUUCGUCUCUCGACGAGGUCGACCUCUCCACAUCUAUUCCGACAAUGCCACCAAUUUCUCGGGAGCCAAGAAUGAGCUCAAUGCCCUCUUCGACAUGCUUCACAAUGGUAUCGAAGCAAAACAAAUAGCCUCCAGUCUCGCAUCAGAACGCAUCCAGUGGCACAUGAUUCCGCCGCGCGCUCCCAACUUCGGAGGAUUGUGGGAGGCUGCGGUUAAGGUUGCCAAACGUCAUCUUAUCCGUCAAGUUGGAACUACGACGCUUUUCUUCGAAGAUUUGGUGACCAUCCUGACGCAGAUUGAAAGCUGCAUGAAUUCCCGCCCGCUCUGCCAAAUGUCUGAGGAUCCAAACGACUACGAGGUGUUAACUCCAGGUCACUUCUUGACUGGAACAUCGCUUCAAGCCCUGCCGGAUUUGAAUUGGUCAGACGUUCCCACAAACCGUCUCAACCGAUUCCAAUUAAUCGCCCAAAGGACGCAGCAGUUUUGGUACCGAUGGAAGACUGAAUACCUUCGAGAUUUGCAUCGAUUGAUCGUCGCUAACCCUGUGCGUGUUGAGCUACGUGUCGGUCAAAUAGUCAUUCUACGAGAUCAACAGUUGCCCCCGAUUCGUUGGCCACUAGCUCGCAUCGAAAUGCUCCAUCCCGGCGAGGAUGGAACAACCCGAGUAGUUACUUUGCGCACAUCAACUGGAAGCUUCAAGCGGAGUAUCAGCAUGAUUUGUCCGUUGCCGAACGAGGAAUUCUACCCUGAUGCAGCCCAAGAUGACAACGAGGUGAUUCCCAGUCCAGCGAAGAAUGAAGACAUCGAAGAAAAUGUUAAAAUUAAGUAA